AUGUUUUCAUCCUACAAGGCAGUGACAGGAAAGGGAAAUCACUAUAUGAACGGAAAACAGCAUAAUGCUUGGACAGGUCUAUUACUUGCAGUGAAAAGAAAAAUGACAAAAAUUUCACCGACAAUUGAAGAGAAUUCAAUGAAUGUCAUUGAAAUUGGUGACAUUAUCUUUGGAAAGAGAUCAGGUGUAAAAUCCGAUGUGUUACCAGUCAAAUAUACUGAUACGGAAGAAAGAAAUAUUGCGCAUUCAGAGCGGAAUAUUCAUCUCUGCUACUCUACCGGAGCUUCUCUUCAUUUUGAACGAGUUGUGCUAGAUUUUAAUUUAAUGAAUUCUUUGCCCCUAACCGCAACAUCUUUGAAAAUGAUUUCCGAUAUUUUGGGAAAGAGAAAGUUGCGGCAUCACUGUCUUAGGUUGGAUCUGAAUGAUUGA